AACAUCUGCAUUCUGAAGCAAGGAUGGCUGAGAUGGACAGAAUGCUUCAUUCUGGAAGGAAACAAUGUUCCAGGUCGAGCUGAAUCUGCCAAACACAGACCCUCUCUGUGGUUUAGAAGAAAUCUUGACAAGUCUUAUCAUGUGGUUUUUCUACGCCUUGAUACCUUGUUUGCUCAUAGAUGGAGUGGCCGUCCUGCCUGCCCCUCAGAACCUCUCUGUACAAUCAACUAACAUGAAGCAUCUCUUGAUGUGGAGCCCAGUGAUUGUGCCUGGAGAAAUAAUAUACUAUUUUGUCGAGUACCAGGGAGAGUAUGAGAGCCUGUACAUGAGCCACAUCUGGAUCCCCAGCAGCUGGUGCUCACCCACGGAAUGUCCUGAGUGUGACAUCACUGAUGACAUCACUGCCACUGUGCCAUACAAGCUCCGUGUCAGGGCCACCCUGGGCUCACAGACCUCAGCCUGGAGCACCCUGCAGCAUCCCUUUAACCGAAACUCAACCACCCUCACACCGCCUGUGAUGGAGGUCACCAAGGAUGGCUUCCACCUGGUUAUUAAGCUGGAAGACCUGGGGCCCCAGUUUGAGUUCCUUGUGGCUUACUGGAGGAGGGAGCCUGGUGCCAAGGAACAUGUCCAAGUGGUGAGGAGCAGGGGCAUUCCGGUGCACCUGGAAACCAUGGAACCAGGGGCUGCAUACUGUGUGAAGGUCCGGACGUUCGUGAAGGCCAUCGGGAGGCACAGCCCUUCCAGCCAGGCAGAGUGUGUCAAGGUGCAAGGAGAGACCCUCCCCCUGGCGCUGGCCCUGUUUGCGUUUGUUGGCUUCAUGCUGAUCCUUGUGGUUGUGCCCCUUUCCAUCUGGAAAAUGGGGCAGCUGCUCCGGAACUCCUGUUGCCCCGUGGUGGUGCUCCCUGACACCUUGAAAAUAACCAAUUCACCCCAGAAGUUAAUCAGCUGCAGAAGGGAAGAGGUGGAAGCCUGUGCCACAGCUGUGCUGUCUUCUGAGGAACCCUUCAGGGCCUGGCUCUAGCAAGCUGGGGAAGGUCUCUGUUGAAAUUGAGAAUCUGAUCGGCACGGCACAGGAGCCAUGAGGGGAAAGGCCCUGUAGCUGUUUUCCGCCACCGACAAAGGACAAGAAAAGCAAGAAGAGCCUGCUGUGUCCACGUCUAGAGGCAACUGUCAGAGGCAGACUGGUUUGGCAGACAGAGCACUGAGUGGGGGUCAGGAGAUGUGACCUCUAGAACUAGGUCUGUCUGCCCUUCACUGACUGAGUGACCCUGGAGAAAGUAGUUUGGUUUCUCUAGUCCUCAGUUUUCUCAUCUCUACAAUGGGGGAAUUAACCAUACAACUGUGAAACCACUAUACAUAUCUGGCGCUUGCAGAGCUUUGGGAAACUGGCAGCACUGUACAUUGUGAUUGGUUCAACUUUUCUGCAGAGCAGGAUAUAAAUUGUAACAAGAAUGAUAAAAACUCUUUACACCAGUUGGCUUGGAGAGCCCACUUUCCUAGAGGAAACCUUGAUGAGGAAAGGAAGGAUGGGUACAACGGUGUUGACUUCACUUCAAGCCAAAUGCCUGUGCGGGGGCUAAUGGCUCAGCCAGCUCUACAAUACAUGACCUAGAAGGAGGCCACAGGCCCAUGGAAAAUGGGACGUGCUGUGCAUACAUGAGAUAUUGUAAAAGGUAAAUAACAUAUGCACACCGAAGGCAGCAGGUAGAAUGUGUGUGUUUGAGGAGAGGAGAAUGCAGAAGGAUGUUGAUAAUAAAUGUGGUGUUUGCUGUGUUCCUUUCACCUGUAGAGUUGUUAAAGUAUAGCAUUAAAAAGAAAAAGAGGUCACCUUGGGUAAUCUUUUUGGUUUCUUCCAAAAAAGUCGUCUUUGGUGUUCUAGUUACAUCAUCAAACUGAGAGGCUCCUGAAGGCCACCAUUGGUCAGGAGUUGUGGGGGUGACCCCAGGAAGGGGAUGUAGGAGAUGGGGCAGGGAAAGAGUGGCAGGCAGCUUCUGGCCUCAUGAGAACCCUGACCGGUACAGCUGGCCAAAGCCUCACCUGGUCAGGGUGCUCCACUGGAAAUCCCUUUGGGUACCUCUCCUCCUUAAGACAGCUCACUCAGGGUGUCCUCAGCCCCUUCCAGCAUGAUCUUCCAGGACCCACCUUUGGAAGCCUCUUCCUUCCCCUCUCCCCACCAGGUGAGGAAAGGAGUCAGGGUUAGAGAAGGAAUGAAGAGGGAAGUUUCUUGAGAAGUGAAGGGAUUGAUGGGCAAGGCCUGUGCCUCCCUUCUUAGCCCCCAGCUUUGGAGCCUCUGAGUUGGUUUGUCUCCACACCAACUUCCUGGGCCCCUUCCAGCCAGCCCAGAGGUGGGGACAAGCUAACUACUUCAACCAGGUGUUUCUCCUAUAAGAUAGAGGCCUACAACCCCCUCUCUUCCUGGUGGGGUCUCAAGUAGCCAGAGGGUUGGCUCUCCAGAAGGAUGGUAGUACUGAAGAUCUUUUCCUUUGUACCAUUUGUAUGCUUCUGUGUAGUUGGACUUUUUCAUGAAGAGAAUGUGUUAAUUUUAUAUUUAGCCUAAACUGGGAACAUAUUUUCA